UCGCGUCGCAGCGUGUCGAGCAAACAGAGGGGUCCGAGCGACUAUAAAAUCCCGACGCCAUCGACACCACAGUCCAUCGAAAACCUUGUUCAAUUCCCAAGUGAAAGUGAGUAACUGUGAACGAAGAGUUGAACUUUGCAUCUCGGCGUGCGGAUUCAAGAGGAAGCAGCAAAGUGGAAAUGGACAACUCCAAGAUGGGCUUCAAUGCAGGGCAGGCCAAGGGCCAGACUCAGGAGAAGAGCAACCAGAUGAUGGAUAAGGCAUCCAACACUGCUCAAUCUGCAAGGGAUUCCAUGCAAGAGACUGGUCAGCAGAUGAAGGCCAAAGCCCAGGGUGCUGCUGAUGCAGUGAAGAAUGCCACCGGGAUGAACAAAUGAGGAGCUCAGACAUGAAUGAAUAAAUAAUUAAGCUCUGGUUAUCAUUUGCUUUUCUGGUCGUUUGUUGUCCUGUUUUUCCUUGUCAAGAGCUUAUUAUGAGGGUCCUUUUGCUCUUUCCUUAGUUCUUUUUGUUUCUUGGUUGUUCCAUGAAGAGAGCAACUCUCUGUGUUUGAGAGUACUCAUCUCGCUUCAUAAGGUCUCAGUAUGUAGUUGCCUUUCGAGAAUGUUAUGUUCUCUCUCAUAAUGCUAUUCUGAUUUUAUACUC